AUGAAAGAAAAAAUAGCACGGAGUAAUCUUUUAGCGAUUGAAUUGACGAAAAAAGAUGUAACGAAAGCGUUGGGAUGGCCUAUCUGGACAGGAAUAAACAUCAUACCAAAGAUAAUAAUGCCGUGGGAUAAUUGUUUUCAACAUGUUCGUUUCUAUGAGAUAAUUUGGCUGAAAUCUGAAGGGGAAAACUUUUCGGAUUUAGGAGAAAUUACCUAA